AUGCCAGCGAGGAUCCGAGCUCAGAGGUCUGAUUUACGUCUCCUUCCAACCCGGAAGAUUGGUUUUUCCGGGAACCUUGACGCACCAGCGCCUAGUCAAGCAAGAGUUGCCUUAAACAUCAGGGCCGAGGCUGCUCUGUUGGAUUGGAUCCCGGUGGACAGCCGACUAUAUGCGAUAAAACUUCGAGGUUUACCUAAGCCUGACGGGAACCUGUUAUCAGCCUCUUCCGAUGGAACAGCGUGUUUCUGGUCCACGACACACCUGGCCGAUGUAACCCAUUCACCCGGGAAGUCAAUUACCGCGUCUAAAGUGUAUCAACUUACCACCAGCAUGAUGGCUGCCCUGAUGACACGAUCUGUCGAGUUAGGCUCUCGAGCUCCUGUACCGACAUCUAUCAGAUUCUCUCCGACUGAUCGAAAUCGAUUCAUCACGGGGUUCACGUCCGGACACAUUGGAUUGUUCGAUUUAGAAACCAGUCAACUGAUUACAACCUUCCAUUCACCACCACCCACAAAAGUUGAUGCAAUCACAUCUUCGCCCACAACCACAGCAGAGGCUUAUCCGACCCGAUCCCCCAUGACUACUCAUCCGAGUUCCUUGACCUGCCUGGUUUCACAUCCAUAUCAUCCGUUGGUGAUUAGCGCACACGAGGACAGUCAGAUCCGAUUCUAUGACACGAACAGUGGUAAAUGUGUACAUAGCAUGGUGGCCCAUUUGGACGCGGUUACUGCUCUGGCCAUAGACCCACAAGGUGCUUAUCUGCUGUCGGCAAGUCAUGACUGCUCUAUCCGAUUGUGGAAUAUCAAUAAGAAGACUUGCAUUCAAGAGAUCACCAGUCAUCGGAAAAAGUUUGGCGAAGCCAUCAAUGCCGUAGCGUUUCAUCCGACUAAACACUAUAUGGCUAGUGCCGGAGCAGAUGCUUUGGCCAAAGUAUUUGUCUGA